AUGAAUUUUGAAACCAUUCUCGCGCGUCCGGUAAAUAUUCUUUCCUUACCGACGGCCACUCUUUCCACACUUGCAUCCCGCAAGGUAGAUUCUUUACCUCAAUUAAAUCUUGAUCAAAAUAAAAACGAUGUAACCAACGAGCGUGAGCCUCUUAGGCCAACAUGUUUGGCUUGUGGUAUUUCGUCUUUUGACACUGUAGAACAACAAAGAGCACACUUUGCGCUGGACUGGCAUCGAUUUAACGUUAAACGCCGUUCGAUGAACAUUAAUGCCGGAAAGACAAUCUAUGUUCCCGUUACGGAACAAGAGUUUGAAGAGUUCACGGGUGAUGCUUUAUCAAGCAUUUCUGGAUCCGAGACUUCGGAAUCUGAUUCGUCCUCCCAGAGUGAAAACAUCGCGACCCUUGCGGAAGAAUUUGAACUUCACAAUAUUCACGGAAAAGAAGUGUCCGUUAAAGGAGGCGCAAGGAAUUCGGUUCCAAUUUUAUGGUUUACCAGUUCUAACAUACUGCUCGAUGGGAUUUACCUCGGAGUUUACAAGAACAUUCUAUAUAGCAAGGGUGAUAAUCAGGAUAACCCGAUUGAGAAUAUUGAGAAGCUACAAGCAAAAUCGAAGGGACAACCAAGGUACUGGACGAUGAUUAUGAUCGGUGGUGGUCAUUUCGCUGGGCUUGUUUUGGAUAUAGCUUCGAACUCAAGGGUCACAAAUCCCAAAGAAGUUAAAGUCGUUGUCUAUAAAACUUUUCACCGAUAUACAACACGUAGAAAACAAGGCGGUAGUCAGGCGAAUAGUGAUAAUGCAAAAGGAAAGGCAAAGUCUGCAGGUGCUACCAUAAGGCGAUAUAACGAAGCUGCUCUGCAAAAUGAUAUUCGUCUCUUACUCGAUCAGUGGAAGCCUAUGAUUGAUCAGAGCGAAAUCGUGUUCGUGCGUGCGACGAGUGUUAACAAAAAAAUUCUUUACAACUAUGAUGAGGCGGUACUAAAAAAAGACGAUCCUCGUAUUCGAUCCUUUCCAUUUUCAACCAGACGACCAACAUUCAACGAGUUGAAAAGAUGUUUUAUUGAACUUACCACCGUCAAGAUUUCGCAGAUGACUGAAGAGGCUCUCCAGAAUCAUGAAAAGAAAUCGGAAAAUAUACAACGAUCCAUCAAAGAUAAACCUCCUCUCGACGGGAAGGGGGAAGAGACCAUUCGGACAGCCGAAACCAUAAAAUUCGAUCCGGCUGUAUCAGAUGUUAUAUUGAAACUUAUUAGCUUAACAAAGCAGGGAAAAUUAGAAUUGUUGAAAAAUCAUAUUUCCAAGCAUUCACUUAAUGCAUUGAACCUACUUCCCAACACCUCCGUUUCCGAGAAUGACAUCAGCAAGACGCCAACUCUGCUUCACCUGUCAUCAUUUACAGGUCAUGGCGAUAUCGUUGAAUAUUUGUUGACUCAGAACGCUGAUCCUACAAUUUUGUCGUCGAAGAAUAUGACACCAUAUGACUUGGCGAAGGAUAAAGAGACCCGCAAUGUCUUUCGUAGACAUAUGGCAAAUAAUCCAAAUCAAUGGGACUGGAGUUCUGCACACCAAAAUCAACAAGAUUCCGAGACAAACAGUGAGAGUGUGACGGCUAAAUUAGCUGCGAAGAGUAAUCCCUCUUCAAAGUCGGAAAAAUUACUUGGAGGUGCAACAGAUUCUUUGUUGGCUAGACUGGGUAUGAACACGUGUGCAAUGUGUAAGAAGUCCCUUUCCGGGUUGGUUCCAUUUGAGAAAAUGAAUCUUAAGUUUUGUAGCACCACUUGUGUUAAGAACCAUAGAGAAUUACAGGAAUAA